GGAUUGUCGCGUAACGUGUACGCCGAGAAAGUGUACCAUGCUACAAAGAACAGAAAACUGCCAAUCAAAUGGAUGUCCCCAGAAGCCAUACAUGAUCAAGUGUUCACGGCAGAGAGUGACGUGUGGGCGUAUGGUAUUCUACUUUGGGAGAUUUUAACAAUCGGUGGGACGCCAUAUCCUACCAUAAGUAAUUAUGAACUUUUUGAGGCUCUGAAAUCUGGAUACAGAAUGGAAAAACCACAAAUGUGCUCGGAUGAAAUGUAUGACCUAAUGCGACAGUGUUGGAAAGAAAAUCCCGCUGAAAGGCCUUCAUUCACUGUCAUCCGGGAACAACUUGAACGGAUGAUGUUACAGCAUUGUCCUUAUUUGGAUAUGGCUGACGCACUCUAUAGUUACACACCCCUUUAUGACGCUGACAGUGACAAAGAAACGCAAAUGGAAAGUACUACUUUGUAAUUUACAUGCUGGUUUGCAUGUAAGUGUUUUGGAUUUGAUGACAAGUUGGCAUUCUGUACGUUUCUCAGUUGUUGUUGUUUCCAAAGGAAGGCUUGCGGUGUCUUUUCCAGACAAAACAAAUCUUGUUUCUACGAAAUGUGCCCAACAAAGUCAGCCCGACAAAUUAAUAAUAGCGAAAACAAUGAGCACCACAAAAAGAUCCGCCACUUCAUCAAGAAAUAUUUCAUUUCAGGGAGUAUAAAGUGACAUUUCGCAAAGUAACAUGAAGUACCAUUUCGCAAAGCACCUCAGAGGGCCAUUUGGAAAAGUACCAAGCUAUAUAUAUAUUUGUCAACGUGCAAAUUUACAUUUCGGAAACUUUCUUUAGUACCAUGUGUUAAAGUGACUAACAUCAUUUCGCAAACUAGCAAUUAAAAUUUUGUAACGUAUGACUAUCUUGUAAUAACAUUUCCUAAGUAGGGAACACUGUCCAAAUGUUAAUAACUAUUAUUCGUCAUGGAAACUAACGUUAAAAUACAAUUUUUGUCUUGCGCUCUUCCAUUGAAAGAAGCAGCUGUCGUGGGCUGAUUUACUCUCUGAGUGACUCAGAAUAAAUGAAAUUCGAUAACGACGCAAGAGUAAGACUAUCGUCAAUGCUGUUAAUGUUCAGUUUAUUUCGCCCCUUCAAUGAAACCGGCAACACUGAAUCAAUUUCCAAGGAAGUCUAUUUUAAGCAUUUUUGCACCACCAGCAACUCCUGGAUUUUUCGAUACAGUAAAGCAUUGUUACCACCGGAAACGAGGAAAGUUGCCCGUGGAAUCACCGUGAUUUUAAGGUGAUUCCCUAGUAAAAGAACCCCCUAUAGAUUUCAGAUGAAACUUGGUAUGCUGCUGUUACAUGACAAGGAUAUAUUACAAACGUAGUAAAAAAGAGGGGGUCACCGUGCGU